CGCCCACUCAAGGGCGUCGCCUUUGAGUUGCAUUCGGUAACUCAAAGCGAGUCGAGUCGUGCGAGUUCUGAAUCUAACUGCUCAUAUAGCGAAGCCAUAGGGCUCCUCUAUUCAACGCAAAAACGUUGCCUCUCUCUGUCUCUCUCUCUCUCUGGAUUCCACAGGCUUCGAUCUCACGCUCCCGACUGUUACUAUCUCAAGCGAUCGGAUCUGAUUGGAUGUUUACUAAGCCUCCUGGUUAGCUCUGAUCAAGAAGAGUUUGAGGGCUCCAUUCUUUGCCUCUUUUUGAACUCAAUGGCUUAUUCAUUGAUCCCAAAAAGGGCAUAUUGGGUAGCUUUCAUCUAUACAGUUCUUGUGUCACAUGCCUGCGAUGGGUUUUAUCUUCCAGGAAGCUACAUGAAUACAUAUUCAAACGGUGAUGAAAUUUUUGCAAAAGUUAAUUCAUUGACAUCAAUUGAGACUGAACUUCCAUUCAGCUAUUACAGUCUCCCCUACUGCAAACCCCUGGGGGGAAAAAAGAAAAGUGCUGAGAAUCUUGGAGAACUCCUUAUGGGGGAUCAUAUUUACAACUCUCCUUACCGUUUUAAGAUGAAUGUCAAUGAAACAAAAUUCCUCUGCACCACAAGUCCACUAAGCGAGCAUGAGGUUAAGCUUUUGAAACAGAGAACUCGUGAUCUAUAUCAAGUAAAUUUGAUUUUGGAUAAUUUGCCUGCCAUGAGGUUUGUGGAACGCAAUAACAUGAAAAUUCAAUUUACUGGGUUUCCUGUUGGGUAUGCUCCACCAGAUGGUAAUGAUGAUUACAUCAUUAAUCACGUUAAGUUCAAGGUUUUGGUUCAUGAGUAUGAAGGGAGUGGUGGGAAGAUUCUUGAUACCGGUGAAGCAGGUAUGGGAGUAAUUGCAGUUAAUGAUAAGAAAACGGCUUCUGGAUAUGAGAUAGUCGGUUUUGAGGUUACCCCUUGCAGUGUCAAAUAUGAUCCAGAAAAGAUGGCAAAACUGCAUAUGUAUGAUGAUGCCAGUUCUAUAAGCUGCCCAUUGGGACUUGACAAGUCCCAGAUAAUAAGGGAGCAAGAAAGGGUAUCAUUCACUUAUGAGGUUGAAUUUGUGAAGAGUGAUAUUAGAUGGCCAUCUCGAUGGGAUGCUUAUCUGAAGAUGGAAGGUGCUCGAGUCCACUGGUUCUCCAUCAUGAACUCACUAAUGGUGAUAUUUUUCUUGGCUGGAAUUGUAUUUGUUAUCUUUCUGCGGACAGUGAGAAGAGAUUUGACUCGGUAUGAGGAAUUGGAUAAAGAAGCUCAAGCCCAGAUGAACGAAGAGCUUUCAGGUUGGAAACUUGUGGUGGGUGAUGUAUUCAGAGAACCAAAUCACUCAAAGCUACUCUGUGUGAUGGUUGGAGAUGGGGUUCAGAUCACUGGAAUGGCAGUUGUUACUAUUGUAUUUGCUGCCUUUGGUUUCAUGUCUCCAGCCUCUCGGGGAAUGUUGUUGACUGGUAUGAUAAUUCUUUACCUGUUCCUGGGGGCAGCUGCUGGUUAUGCUGGUGUACGGUUAUGGAGAACAAUCAAGGGAACUUCAGAUGGUUGGAGGUCAGUAGCUUGGUCGACUGCAUGCUUCUUCCCAGGAAUCAUCUUUGUUAUUCUCACUGCACUGAAUUUUAUUCUAUGGGGCAGCAAGAGCAAUGGUGCCAUUCCAAUUUCUCUGUAUUUUAUCCUCCUGUCACUCUGGUUCUGCAUUUCAGUCCCACUCACCCUUCUAGGAGGUUUCUUAGGUACACGAGCUGAGCCUAUUCAGUUCCCUGUAAGAACUAACCAGAUCCCGAGAGAGAUUCCGGCACGGAAAUACCCUUCGUGGCUCCUUGUUCUUGGCGCUGGGACACUUCCAUUUGGAACCCUCUUCAUUGAACUUUUCUUCAUCCUCUCUAGCAUCUGGCUUGGGAGGUUUUAUUAUGUCUUUGGGUUCUUGCUUGUUGUCCUAUUGUUGUUAGUCAUCGUUUGUGGUGAAGUGUCUGUGGUCCUUACCUACAUGCAUCUGUGUGUCGAGGACUGGCAGUGGUGGUGGAAAGCCUUCUAUGCAUCUGGUUCGGUUUCUCUUUAUGUUUUCCUGUACUCCAUCAAUUACCUGGUUUUUGACCUCCAGAGCUUGAGUGGCCCCGUGUCCGCUAUACUAUAUCUGGGCUAUUCACUGAUCAUGGCUGUUGCAAUCAUGUUGGCAACUGGCACUAUUGGUUUCCUCACGUCAUUCUAUUUUGUCCAUUACCUUUUCUCGUCAGUGAAGAUCGAUUGAGAAGUUCCUUUGCCCAAUCCUCAUUGCCCAGUUGGAAAGUCUCCUGGUGCACAGGUAGAGUGAUGGACCCAACAUUUUGCUUUCGCUAAAAUAUGCCCUUGCCGCACAGUCGUCACACAGCAUCGAGGGGCUGUUAUAUUCUCGCUGCUCCCCAAGGUUACAGAAUUCAUAUUAGGAUGGGUUUGUGGUUUAGCUGUUUGGUUCUCAUUGUGUUCUGCAGUUUUCUUUUUUUCUUUUUUUCUUUUUUGUGCCUUACCUCAUCAUGCACUGGGAGCUAGUUGUAAUGGACUGAACUUCUAUCCUUUUUCUUUCCUUUUUACUAGUGAGAAGAUAGUUUACAUUGUAACUA